CAACACCACCUACAAAUAAGCACGUUGGUGGCGUCGGUUUGACAGGUGGUUUGUAUGUAUAAACAAUCUUUGAAAAUCAAUAGUGUUUGUUGUAUCGAGUGGGCGGUAAGCUAUCAGUGCAACUUUCAAAGAUGAGCAAAUUCUUCACAAAAGCUGGGUGAUUGAGAUGUUCUACAGUAUUAGUCCCAGAUGUGUCAUAAUUCUUAAACAAGUAAUUGUCACUUGUUGCUGAAUAUACCAGACGGGGGAGCUAUUGUAACAUUUUGCAGAGUACUUCAGAAGAAUGGAAACGAUGUUCGGAGGAAUUUGAUAAAACAUGGAAUUCCCCCAUUGCCUGGCUGCUGUGGACGGUACCACCUAUGGAUGCCCUGUCUACAAGUUUAAAAAGUUGCCUGUGAGCGUCUGUGUACGGAUUUCGUUCUGUUCUUUAGAAAAAGAAGUUGGUUACCCAACAUUUAGUGAAGGCAUUGAAAUGGGAGUUCAUGGCCUACGGACAUUUGUGGAAAGGCACUGUUCUGAUGUCUGCCGCUGGGUAGACAUGUCAACUUUAGCUGUCCUUUACAGAAUUGAGAAUGGCAGAAAACCAGUGAUUGUUGUUGAUGGACCAUCAUGUCUUAAAACAAUAUAUGGUCAGCUAAACUGGACAUGUGGUGGACAGUACAAAGAAUUUAGGGAGGAAUGCAUUCAAUUUGUGAAGUCAUUUGAAGACCAAGAUAUAAAAUUAGUUUUCUUCUUUGAUGGUCCAGCACUAAAUGCAAAAAGAGAAACUUUGAGUGAACGAAGAAGAAAAGAUAAGGAGGCAGAUAGAAAGUUCUUUUACUGGUUGGAUAAUAAUCAUGCACAGGUUGAUCAGUUUCCCAACUGGAUGAAGCAGCCUAUAGGCCUUCAUUAUUAUGCCAGAUAUAUUUUUCAACACUUUUGUGGCUGUGAGGUUUAUGCAUCUGUUAAUGAAUGUGAUGAGGAAAUUGUCGACUAUGCCCGCAGACAUUCUUGUUUUGGCAUUCUUGCUCGAGACACUGACUUCAUGAUACAUGCUGGAAUACACUACUAUUUUGCAGUGGACAGGAUCAAAUUUCCUACACUUUUUACAAUACGUUAUGAUAGCAAGAAACUAGCACACAGGUUAAGACUGUCCGAGGAGCAUCUCCCACUUCUUGCUUCACUUAUGGGAAAUGACAUAGUCCCAUUCAGAAAACUAAGGGAGUUUCAUGAAAGCAUUAGCAGCCGAGGGAUGUACUGGUACAAGGACAUCGCACACAACAUUGCCAACUAUAUAAGGAAUAUUCCAAUGGGAGACACCAUUUACAUUUUGCUCCGACUGAUAUGCUCUGAACUUUUACAUGAUCCAAGUAUGAGUGAUGUUUUGGCUGAAAGUAUUUGGAGCUACCUGCCACACCCAGACAUACCAAUUACAGGUAACACUGGCAGCGACUGGGAACGAAUACUUUUAACAGCUGCUGAGAAACACAGAAAAAAUGAAAUCCCAGGGAUAAUUUUCCGUGUGCUCAACGAAGUUCCACGUGACUGUGGUGCUAGGAUGGAAGAUUUUGCAGACACUGUUUUCCCGCCAGCAUCUAUUGUUCUGCAGAAAACAAAAGAGAGACUUAAAACUGUGUUGCUGCUUGAGUUUCCUCGAACUCAGACUUCAAAUGAGGUGCCUGUCAAUGGCAAAGACAAUAGGAACGGUAGACAUCAUGUUACAGUUGAGAGAUUUCAUCCAUUCUAUAAAGGAUAUCGUCUGGAGCCCUGGAGGCAAUCCUUCGGCUGUCAGAGAAGGACCACAAAAUUACCCUACAGCUCAGAGCUGGUUCGAGAUCAGUCUACCUCGCGAGGGACAUACCAUUCUGCGGACAACGCUCGGACGCGGCCAAGAAUGGUCCGGAAACAAGUGAGACAUCCUGGUCUCAAUGUACUUUGGGACUCAAAGACCAGUGAUGAUGAUACCGUGAAGGAGAGAUGGGGUCUAAUUGCUUGGGUAUUGUCUAAUUAUAUGCAACCUGAAAAACUAAAGAUUAUGCCAAAUCAUCUCAUUAUUCCAGCUGCAACGCUGUUUUACCUCAUACAUGAAGUUGACGAGGUAUUCAUUACGGAAACUGAAGUUGAUUUGUUCAUUAUCGUGGCUAUAACUAUUAAUGAACAUGACUAUGAAUACCUAAAAGGCAUACAUAUCUCAAAGCCUAAUGCUCGAGGGUAUCGUUUGACAAAUAUUUAUCUUAAAACUGCAAUGCAUGUUUUCAAUACCAUUGGAGCAUGUGGCUUUCCAGUACCACCUCAAGAGUGUUUGCCAGAUACCUAUUUCGAUGGAAAAUAUUUUCAAGAUUUGUGGAAGAAGAUGUCCUUAGGGUUUGAUAUAAAAUCACUCAUCAAUUACCGGGAUGAUUACAAAGCACAGUACUUGCAAGUCAAAGAGUUUCUCACAAAGCAAAAUGCAAGUCUUGAAAUGUCUACUUUCUAAAAAAAGAAAUGUGUAUAUUACUGUAAUUGUGAGAAAAAUAAGGAAGAUGUUCUUGAAUACAAAUAAGAAGUGAAACAUGCAGUGGAUGUAAUUUAUGUUAUGUACCAGAAUCUUAGCAUAUGUAUUGGGCUGUUAUAUGUUGCAUAAAUGCUCUAUGGGGCAGCACUACCAUUUAGUUGGACUGUACUAACACUAUUUGUGUUGAUCACAGAAUUUUCAUGAUUUUUAUUACACGCUACACAGAUAACACACUGUGGUCAGGGCAUAUAGUGUUGUUAUAGUACUGGGCUGUGUUAGCAAUAGAUUUGUUGACUUAUAUUGAAUCAUUUACAUUUUCAUUCAUCUAUUCAGUUUUGUAAAGUGAUAAAAUAUUUCCUAAUUCAUUUCAUUAUUUAUAUUUUUGUAUUUAUUUUGCUAACUUUUAUAUCUGUCACCUGAUCUAAGUGUUUAAGGCCCAGACUUCAAAUUCAGUAUUUGGAGGUUCAGACGUCAGUGAAUCCUUUUUCUGACACUUAUCACACCUCAGGCAUUGCAUUUUUAUAUGUGAAAAAUAUUAAUGUCCGCCUCACUUUCUCCUUCUACCAGAUAAUAUUAUUUUACCUGACAUUCGUUACAUGUAGUGAAAUCCAUUGUCAGUGACUAAUUUCUUCAACCAGCCUUUUUACACUUUCUUCAAAAAUAUGUGCAUGUAUCUGAUGUAGAAUAUAUUUUCAUUGUGUUUCAUCAUGUUUCACACUUGCUCCUAAACUGUGAGUGAAAAUACCUAUAUCAUAUCAUUUCUCAGGAAGAAACUGUUUUCAGCAGUACAAUUUCAAUCAUGUAAAAAUGGGCCAGUGUAUAUUUAACCUACAUGUGAUCAACUUUUGAAAUAUAAUCUGAUAUUAAUAUUUGACCUGUUGUGUUACAUAGAAUAUUGUUUGGAUUAUGUAUCAUGUUUUACACAUAGGUAGACCAAUAGACUUCAGGCCCAUAAUGGAAUAUGGUAUCUUUAAAAUAUGAAACUUGUUAACAUUUGUGUUAUGUUAACUAUUAUUUAACUGCAACAAUGUACCUUAUUUUGAACAAAUCAGUACGUUAUAAUGAUGUAACUAAUUGUGUUAGAAGGCUUAAUUUUUUUCUCACCCUUGCAUCAGUACUAGCCAUGUAGCAACACUUUCUGUGUUAAAUAACAUCUUACAACACACUUGAAGUUUUAAAAAUAAUGGUACUGUGACAUCUUAUUGGAGAAAAAAACUUUUUACAAGUUGCAGAUAUUAUAAUUUUAUGGUUAUUUUAAGACUUCCUACCUCUCCAAACUGUAAAAAAAUGUUGCAGCAUUGCUUUCUGCAACAAAUCAUAAAUGCCCAGAUCGCAUAAUAAUUGAAGGGUCAUUCCAUGUCACACUGCCAAAUUUCAGAACAUUUUCUUGCUUAACCAUCAAAGAUUUGGAUGAAAUUUGAUGUAGAUAUUCAUGUAAGUCUCCGAUGAACAUUUAACAGUAAUCAAAGCAGUACUGGCUAAGAUGUAAUCACAUGUUUGACUCCAUGCAUGACUUUGAGCAGGGUGACCAUGAAUUUCUGGUGAAUUUUAAUUUGGCCAAGUUGUACAACUGUAAACGUUAAUAAUGAAAAGAAUUUUACAAGCCAUAUUUAGCCAGAAAAUUGUAGUCAAAAUGGCCCAAAAAAAUCGGCACUUGAAGAAAUUUCAAAUGUGUAUCGUAAAAUUCUUUUCAUUAUUAUUCUAAAAUAAGCACUUAGUUGUACAAGCUGGCCGAAUUCAUUUCAUCCAACAAAUUAUUGCCUGAGAUAUAACAGCUCAAAGUCGAUAGAAGUUCACACUCGCUCUGCUCAAAGUCGUGCAUGGAGUUAAGCAAGUGACUAUGUCCUGUCCAGUAUUGCUUUGAUGAAUGUUAAACUUUACCAAUGUAUAUCAGGGAUAUGUGAGAAUGUUCACAUAAUUUUGUUUUUCAAAAUCAGUGAUGGUCAAGCAGGAAGACCUAAGUUAGUUGACAUGGAAUGUCCCAGGUAAAACUACAUCAUUCCAGAGACAUUUCAAGUCUUAAACAUCUAAUAUGGCCAUUGCUUCAGUCUGCAUAUAUGCAUAGUAGAUUUUUAGGACUUGAAAAGUUCUCUGGAACUGUACAGUUUCAUUUGAUUGAAGCACCUAUGUCUGAGUUUAGGCAGGAUCCUCUUGUUUUAUUCAAUGCUGAGGAUGGAGAGCCUCUACAAUGCUGCUUGACUGUGGGAGGAGUACCAGCAGGGCUGAGGUAUGAGUAGGACUUUGGCUUGAGGAGGGAGGUAGUCUGUGCGGUUGUGCAAAGCCACUGUGCCAGGGUGACAUAGUGAUUUGCACAUCUGCCUAGAGAACAGAAGACCCUAGUCAAAUGUGCACAAGUAAGUGGACGGCCAUUAACUGACAAGGGUUCCCUGCCAAAGGCAGUAGUCAGUUAAUAUGAUUUUUAUGUGAUCUGGGCUAAAAGUAAUGACUACAAGCAUUAGUGCAGAACAUAGGUACAGUAGAUAACACCUUUUACAUGGUCACUUAAACAGUGAUUCUUCAUGGCUUAGUAAGUGUCAUCAUUCACCAUUUUCUAUAGUGUGUGGUAAAAGAAAUGACAAAUCUUGGUGUUUUAUAAAUGUCAGUCCAUGACUAAUCUUACCAAUUACAGUAUUAUGUCUAGGAUCUGAAUAACAGAUCCUUGAAAAGCUUUAACUUGUAUUAUAUCAUAUCAUAAUCAUGGACAGAUUAUGGUUGUGUAUUUAAAACAAUUAAUUGCAAUGCAAAUAUAUGUGCCAAUUGGAAACAAGUAAUUAAGACAGCCAUGCAUGAAAUUGUUGUAUCAAAUAUCUGUACCUUAAUGUUUAUUAAAAUACAUCAUAUACCUUGUAUGUAUGUAGUAAUUGAUGUUUUGAUGUUGUAGUGUGCCAGCACAUGUAGUAUGACUAAAUCAAGUAAAUUUUAGUGUCUUGAUGUUAUUUUAUGGAUAUAUUUAUUUCUUACAUGUCGGUGUAGAUAUAGAUGUAGACUGCUGAAUAUUAUUUAAAUUCACUCUCAGUCAAGCCUGCAGUAUUCUUGUGCAACACUGUUUAUCACUCUAUACUUUAAUGUUCAGAUUAUGUUGGUAAAGGUAACAGCGAUUUACCAUGGGACCACUUUACAUUUAUGUAUGAGCCUACUAAUAGAAAUGACGAGAUCACAGUCAUAAUACUGUAGUAAAGUAAUUGUUUUGAAGUUAUCAGUAAACAACAUGGGUCCUGUAUGAACAAGUUUAUAAUCUGGAAACCAACUCAUAAAUUUAUAGCAAGGACCAGUUUAAGACCAAGGCAACACAUAUAGUAAAGUGGCAGAUGAACCUACACCAAAAUCACAGAAGGAAAUAAUUGUUAGGUUAGUUAUCUGCUCCAGUUAUUUGCUAUAUGUCCCACUGUUCAGUUUGUGUACAGAUCUGCACUACCUGCUCUACGCAUUCAACACCAGACUGCAUUCCUGCUCCAUGUUAGUUAGCUCUUAACAUUUAUAUGGUAUGAUUUAUUAAAAAACAAGUUGUUUCUUAAUAGGAAUGAACACUGAAAGUCAUGUCUGGUGUAUAAAAUUAGUUGGUGUUUGCAUCUCUGUUACUUUUAUGAUAUUAGUUGUGAUAACAAGAAGAAAUUGUGCACCCAUUGUUUGAUCCUUACUGGGUGGAAUGUCUGUUUUAUCUUUGACUUUAUCUGCAAAGUGUGUAUUUUAUAUGAAUAUGUAACAUUUGAAUAUUUCUAAUAAUAUAACACACAGGGCAAAAAUUUGUCCGUAGCAACAUUUUGAUAUUUAUUGAAUCUUUUCAACUUAAAAUCAGAAAAAAAUGCUUCCUACAAUUUACUGCCUUUAUGUUGCUAUGCUUCAUGUGUGUGAAAUGGAAUUUCAAUGACACACAGUAGUUAUUAAUGCUCGGUUGUUGUUAUGUGGUCUUACAAUUUUUGUUUUACAAGGUAUGUCAUUUUGUGAAAAUGAAUUGUGUUAACACAGUUAUUCUGUACCUACAAAUGAAGGCAGCAGCAUGAUAUAAGGAUUUAGGAUAGUAAUUCUGGAAGCCCCGUGGAUCUUACUUUUACAUUCCCACUUAUAUACUCCUACUUCUGUGUACCUGAGUGUGAGGAACAAAUUUUCAUGUAACAUCUGAUUCUAUAAAUUCUGUCCUGCAGAGCUGAUCUAACUUGUCAGACUGUUUAAUGUAUUUUGCAUUUACAGUUUACUGUAAAAAUAUUUUGUGUAUGUCUAGUCUAGUAUGACAGAAAGACACUUACUGUAAACAUAUUUUGUGUAUGUCUAGUCUAGUAUAACAGAAACAAACAUACUGUAAACAUAUUUUGUGUAUGUCUAGUCUAGUAUAACAGAAAGAAACUCAUUGUCAUUUGCUUCAGCAAUGUUGAUUGGUGUUCUGUGUAGGUGUGCUCUAUAAUUAAUGUGUACAUUGCUUUAAUGAUUUUCUAAAAUGUAUUUUACAUUUUUUUGUUCAUCCUGUAGUCUAGAUCAACAAUUAAAAGAUAACUUUUGUGUUAGAAAAUGUAGCUCAGUGUUUUCUGUUUUGUUAACAUGUGAGAACAAUUGACAUCAGCUAUGAAUUCAAAAAUAUGGAAAGCUGUAAUGAAUGUCAUAUAUUUAAUAAAAGUCAGUGGAUGUUUAAACAGCAUAUUGGAACUAUACUGAUGAUCCAAAACAUUAUCUUUGUGUAUGCCUAGUCUAGUAUAGCAGAAAGAAACUCAUUAUCAUUUGCUUCAGCAAUGUUGAUUAGUGUUCUGUGUUGGUGUGCUCUAUGGCUAAUGUGUCCAAUACUUUAAUGAUUUCCAAAAUGUAUUUUACAUUGUCUUUGUUCAUCCUCUA